AUGGGGACUUUUAUUUUUGGAUUAAAACCCAAAAACUCCCCAUGGACAUUUUUCUCCCCAUUGGUGAGAGUGCUCGUACGAAAGAUUCCAACCUCAAAUUUGGAGAAGCGUUUUAACAUAUUCAAAGAUAAUGUUAAGUAUAUAGAGAAUUUUAAUAGUGCUACAAUAGCAAACCAAAAGUUGUACACAUUAGGCAUAAAUGCCUUUGCUGAUUUAUCGACUGAGGAGUUUGUAGCUACUCAUACUGGUUCAAGACCUCAUUCGCCUUCACGAAUCAAGUCUGGUGGUGACUUGACAACCACCAGCUUUCGAUUCGAAAACCUCACUGAUAUUCCUUUAUACAAGGAUUGGAGGGAUUAUGGAGCCGUCACUCCCAUAAAAGACCAAGGGGAUUGUGGAAGUUGUUGGGCAUUUGCACCAGUUGCAGCAGUGGAGGGACUACACCAAAUUAAAACCGGAAACCUGAUCUCACUCUCCGAGCAGGAGCUUCUAGAUUGCGUUGAAAACGACCAUUGUGACGGUGGCAUUAUGACAGAUUCCUACGAUUUCAUACACAAAAACCACGGCAUACUAACAGAAGAGGAGUACCCGUACAAUGCUACCACCGGCCAGUGCAAGACGAAGACACUAGAAGGCGAAAGAGUAAGAAUCAAGGGAUUCGAGUACGUGCCUUCCAACAAUGAGGACGCUUUGUUGAAAGCCGUAACAAAACAACCCGUGGUCGUACGAGUCGAUAGUAGUAGAUUUGAACACUACAAAACAGGGAUCUACAAUGGAGAGUGUGGCACUGAAUUGGAUCAUGAAGUUACUCUGAUUGGAUAUGGAAGAACUGAAAAUGGUAACAAUUAUUGGUUGGUGAAGAAUUCAUGGGGAACAAGUUGGGGUGAACAAGGUUUUAUGAGGAUAAUUAGGGAUGUGAAUAUGUGUGGUCUUGCUAUUCAACCUUCUUAUCCCAUAUAAAA